AUGGAUACUAGUUACUUGGCCCAGCAGGUCAAUGAAAUAGUUGGCCAGCUGCAUGGCUUGUUCGACGAGAUCGGAGUCCCCAGCCAUGACCGCGACGCUCGGGAGGAGGAGCUAUUCGCCGCCCUUUCCGAUGCUCUGCAAAACCAAAUCCGACAGGUGACGGAGGAGAGAGAGGGGAUGGUUGAAGAGGCAAAAAGGAUGAUCACGACAAUUCGACAAAUGGAGGCCUCGCUCGACGACGGCAAGUCGCGCCGCGACUACCAGAGCGGCGACGACGGAAACUUGAAAGUUACCUACCCUCUCACGAGGUGCCUCCAGGUACUCAAGGAAAAGCACACCCAAGUCAGCCGUCUCCAUCGGGAGCGCUAUGAGCAAGUUAAAAAGUUGGUCCAGGCCCUCGAGUCCUACUCCCUUCACCUCGAGCCCACCUUCGUCAAAUUGGAUCUACCCCCUACGGCACCGAACCAGUCCAUCCCGCCUAGUUUCGACCUGUCGCCGGCAUAUGUGGAUAAACUGGAUGCCGAGUUUACGCGAGUGUAUGAGGAGUACACUCGCCGCGUGGCAACAGUAAAAGCACUGGCCGAGAAUAUCAUCCAGCUAUGGGCUGAGCUGGGGACCCCGCAGGCGCAGACCGACGGCGCCAUUGUCAAGUACUACCGCGACGCUCCUGAGCAGCUCGGCCUCCACGAAGACGACCUGAGCCGCCUCCGCUCCAAGAGAGACAAGCUUCUGGAAGAGAAGAAGAACCGCGAGAGGCGCCUGAAAGACCUGAAGUGCACUGUUGAAGCCCUUUGGGAGAAGUUGGGUAUCGAGGAAAGGGAACGUAAGGCGUUUCUCAACAGCAACCGUGGCUGCGGUAUUCGACAAAUCAACGAGUUUGAAGACGAGCUAGUAAAGCUCAACGAACUCAAGCGACAAAACCUCCAUCUAUUCGUCGAAGACGCCCGCUUCAAGUUGCAGGAGCUCUGGGACGCGCUGUAUCUCUCUGAGGACGAGAUGCUCGAGUUUACCCCUGCCUUCUCCGACGUCUACAGCGAUGCCCUUCUUGAAGCUCAUGAACGGGAGAUAUCCCGGCUGGAGCUGCUGCAAGAACAACGCGCUCCAACGCUCGCUCUUGUCAACAGACACAAGAGCCUAGUGCAGGAGCAAAACGAGCUGGCUUCGUCGAGCCAGGACGCCUCGCGCUUGAUGAUGCGUGGCCAGAAGGGAGAAAAGCGGGACCCUGGAAAACUGCUCCGGGAGGAGAAGAUGAGAAAGCGAAUCGCGAAGGAGCUCCCGAAGGUCGCCGUUGAGCUGCGUAAGGCGCUGGAGCAGUGGGAGGACGAGUACGGCCGGCCGUUCAUGGUUCACGGAGAACGGUAUCUUGAUUCCCUAGGGGAGCCGGAAUCGAGAGCAGUUCCAGGGCCAAGGUCCAAAACACCCGGCCCAGCCCCAACACCUUCUAACAACACCAAUGCUGGUUUGAGCCGCGCUCGCAGCGUCGGUAGCGUCAGGGGGGCGCCAAAAAGCGUAACCAAAACGCCGACGACUGUAAGCACGGCAAAGCCAGCGCAGCCAUCACAAGGGGGAACCCUCCGAGGUGUGCCGGGGACCGGCAGGGGUAGUCCGACCCGGCUCCCCGCGCGCAUGCCGCUCUCCAACCUCAAGCACGGCGGCAACUCGCCAGAGCGUCCUCCGUCAAGAGCGGACGCCGGCGCUCCCCGUCACAACAAUCUGGUAAUUAGGGCGCCGCCGCCGAAGAUGCGCGAACUUUUGCCGGCGCCGGAACUGGAGACACCUGUCAACCACUAUCGGUCUGCCGGCCUGAGUUCUAGCAUCGUCCGGCACGUGGAGCCUGAGGAUGUCUACGACGACCGGUACUCGCUCCAGGAGAACAACAGGCCUGCGUCGCGGGAUUAUUUCUCCUCGCGGUCAACACAAUCUUCUUACCCCCAAGCGCCACCUCCUAUCAGGCAACUUUCUCAUAACUCGAGCAGCAGCAGCUCCAACACCUCAACCGUUAUCACCGGCUCUGAGAACUGGGAGACGUAUGACGAUACUUCAGAACCAGAGGAGGACCUUUCCGACGACUACUUCGCCAAGCUGCGCGCGGCGCGGGCUGGCAUGGCGCGGCCCCAGAGCCAACUGAAACGGCACCGGGGGCUCCCGCCCGCCCAGACUGGACAGGCCACCGUGGACGACAAUGGCAACCGGAUCAUAUCUGGAAGCGAGUGGACCGACGAGGACGGGUACUGA